AUGACUGGACAAACUGAUAUUCCUGCAAACGUUAAGGGUGCCCUAGAUUUGGAUCCAUGGUUAACACCGUAUGCAAGAACGUUAUCGUCGAGACGCAAUCUCGCUGACAAGUGGUUGCAAGAGAUCAAGGAAUCAACUAAGGACAAGAAUCUUACGUUGGCUGAGUUUGCAAGAGAAGCAUAUGCUAGCUAUGGUUUACAUGCAAACAAGGUUACUCGGGAAAUUACAUACCGAGAAUGGGCGCCUAACGCUAAGAGAGCAUUUUUGGUUGGGGAUUUUAAUUCGUGGGAUGAAACAAAGAAUGAGCUUAUAGAGCGCGAUGCAUACGGAGUUUUUUCAGGCGUUAUCCCCCCUACGGCUACCAAUGACUAUGCGAUACCUCAUGAUUCUCGUGUGAAGGUUGUUUUUGAGUUGGAGGACGGAAGUCGUAUUUACAGGCUACCGGCGUGGAUCACUAGAGCGACACAGCCUGACAAAGAAACUGCUGCCCAGUGGGGUCCAUCGUACGAAGCUCGCUUCUGGAAUCCAGAAAACGUUUACAAGUUUAAGCACAAAAGACCGUCUUUUAAUCCUGACCAGGAAUCAUUGAAGAUUUACGAAGCCCAUGUCGGUAUUUCUACUCCGGAGGAAAAGGUUGGAAGCUACAAAGAGUUUACUGCGAAUAUCUUGCCGCGGAUAAAAGAACUCGGAUAUAAUGCUGUGCAGUUGAUGGCAAUUAUGGAACAUGCAUACUAUGCUUCAUUUGGCUACCAAGUCACCAACUUUUUUGCAGCUUCCUCGCGAUUCGGUAACCCAGAGGAGCUGAAAGAGUUAAUUGACACUGCUCAUGGAAUGGGAAUCAUGGUUUUCUUAGAUGUUGUGCACUCUCACGCAUCCAAGAACGUGACUGAUGGUAUAAACAUGUUUGAUGGAAGUGACCAUCAAUACUUCCACUCUUUAACUUCCGGCCGCGGGGAGCAUCCUCUGUGGGACUCGAGACUUUUCAAUUAUGGCAGUUUUGAGGUGAAACGGUUCUUGUUAGCUAACUUGGCCUUCUAUAUUGACUUUUAUGGCUUUGAUGGUUUCAGAUUUGACGGUGUGACCUCGAUGUUGUAUCUGCACCACGGUGUAGGAGAGGGAGGUGCUUUCAGCGGUAACUAUGAUGAGUACCUUUCCGAGUUUUCGGCUGUGGACGAAGAAGCAGUAGCGUAUUUGAUGCUUGCCAAUGACCUGCUACACGAGUUGUUGCCUAAGGGUGGCACCGCUAUUGCUGAAGAUGUAUCAGGCUACCCAACUCUCUGUUUGCCGAGGUCAAUUGGAGGUGUCGGCUUCGAUUACAGGUUGGGAAUGGCAUUACCUGAUAUGUGGAUUAAACUCUUGAAGGAAAAGAAGGAUGAGGACUGGGAUAUGGGUCAAAUAACCCACACACUAAGUAACAGACGUUACCGCGAAAAGGUAGUUGCAUAUGCUGAAUCUCACGAUCAGGCACUCGUUGGUGAUAAAACAUUGGCAUUUUGGUUAAUGGAUGCAGCUAUGUAUACCGAUAUGACCACUCUAAAACCAGCCACGCUUGUGGUUGAUCGUGGGAUCGCAUUGCACAAGUUAAUCCGCUUAAUUACGCACUCGCUUGGUGGUGAGUCCUAUUUGAACUUCGAAGGAAAUGAAUUUGGACAUCCAGAGUGGUUAGACUUUCCUAAUGCAAAUAAUGGCGAUAGUUACCGUUAUGCUCGCAGACAGUUCAAUUUAGUUGAUGACAAACUGUUACGUUAUAAGCACUUGAAUGAUUUUGACAAGGCUAUCCAACAUACAGAAGGAAAAUACAAGUGGUUAAAUACGCCUCCGGCUUACGUUUCAUUGAAACAUGAAACUGACAAGAUGAUUGUGUUUGAGCGUAAUGGCUUACUGUUUAUCUUUAACUUCCAUCCUACUGAGUCCUACUCCGAGUAUCGUGUGGGCGUUGAGGAACCUGGUUGUUAUCGUAUUGUAUUGAAUUCUGACAAAAAGGACUUUGGCGGCUACGACCGCAUUGACGAUAAAAACUCUGAGUUUUUUACUACACCGUUAGAAUGGAAUAACAGAAAGAACUAUAUUCAGGUUUACAUCCCAUCCAGAGUUGCCCUAGUGCUUACCAAGCAGGAAUGA